GUCUUGUCCCGGCCGCCCCUCACCCCCAGGGGGAGCGAGCUGGAAGGAGCGGCCUCCCUUCCCUCUCCCGCCGGCUGGGGUUGGGGCUGCCGGCAGCUCCCUCCCCCGGGGCCGGGCAGCAGCGGGAAAGGCCCACUCCCGGUCGUAUGGAGUGGCUGCCCUCGGGGGAAUCGCAGAGCUCCCUGGCACAAGGCCGUGGCAGCUUUGUUGAGCGUGGUCUCUCCGCUUGCAGGAGGGUAAUGGCCUGGUUACCAACCACGGGGUGGAGGAGGGGCGAGAGGGCCUCGGCUUUGCCUGGCCACCCUGUAAAUAGCGACAGAGGCUACUAAGGAACGUGAUGGGGGUAUGGCUGAGCGGGCAGCUUUACUGCCUUCUUGUGGUGUCUGGGCAGAGGUGGACUGUAUCACACAAAGGUAUCAGUAUUAACUGCAGAAAUAACACGAAGAUUCAAUAAAAAGUUAUUAUGACUGGUUACUUUUAAGCAAGGACAGAACAGAAACACUGCAUAAACAUAGAGUGGAAGGUGAUACACUGAAAUCUUCCUAAAUUUAACAUUCUUACCUGAAGUAAUUUACAAGCAUAAGUCCAGGGGUUUCUGGAAUGUGUGUCCAUGAAGGGUCUUAGUGUUACUGUCGGGGAUUCUUUUAUCUUUAUGCACAUGCAACUUAUGAGAUAGGCAUCCAUGUACAUGUGUAUACAUGCACACAUAUAUAUGUAUAUAAAUGUGUAUUGGAAGGGAAUGCUGAUUCACCUAUUCUAAAGUUCCCAUUUGUGCUAGAGUUGGCAUGCCGGUUUGCACUGGUCCUUCUUCAGUAGAAAAUAGAGCAUUGUAUUUCUACUUAUAAAGUGCUACAGAGAAUUCAAGUGUAACUAUUGUUUCUUUUUUAUUUUCCAUAAUAAGUGAUGGAAACAACACCAGUAUUUUCUGUUCUUCUUGCUCUAGAAGGCUUUAGGAGAUACUUCAGGUCUUGUCAUAUCAUCAGUGCACUUACCUAUGUUGACAUCCAUUCUUUAGGUAGAAGCAUAAAAAGUUGAGGACUGGACAGACUUUUAAGAAUUAAUUUUGUCCAAACUGCCUGAGUCAAGGUAGGUGCAGUGAGAGAAUGGAGGCAUAUUUCCCAGCUAUUGGGCAUCUAAAGAAGCAUACUUAAAAGGAAGGCUUUCAAACAAUGUCCAGAUUUCAAUUUCCUAACUUCUCGUAAAGCUUCAGAGUGUUCAAAGGGGGUAAGCUUUUCCUCCAUAUGUAGAUAAAUGAAUAGCAAGCAAAGAGAUAAAUGGUAGCAAGCAAGUGAAAAAAAAAAAAAAGGCUUAAUUUACAUGUAUUAGCAGUGCACAUAUUUGGAGUAGUCAAGAACAGGCUACCUUAAGCAUGACCUUGUGUUGAUGCCCUGAGAAAAUGAAGAACUCUAAUUAUGGUAACUUCUUAACAAAUGUUCAUGUUAUCUGUGACCAUAAGAUUUAGAAUGUUUUAUGUGCCAUAGGAACAGCAAACAGGUGCUCUGUGGUUCAGUCAAAACCAAGAAAUUAAAAGUCAAAAGAUUUAUGAAUAGUCUUAAAUUUCAUGUCAUUAUAAGACCAAGCUUCAUUAAAAUUACACUCAAAAGACUCCUUUUUAAGGUCAUACUUGAUCUUGAAGCUCUGAGAAAUAGCAACAGCAGGAAAAAAGCAAUGAUGAGAGCUCAGAUGAAAGGUAAAGGAAGGGUAUAAGCUGCCUCUACUCUGAAGUUUUGUAGAAGAGUUGCUUUACAAGACUUCCAAAUGCAGAUAAAGCCUUAGAAUAGAUGUCAUGUGGGUCUCUCUUCCCUCAAAAUAGUCAGCGUGCUGAGGUAAGGAUGAGAUGUUAGAUGCUUCCAUCUGUGCUUAUAGCAGCUAAGAGAGUUAACAGGGAUAUUGGAAUGUGUGAAAAGGGAGAGUGCAAGCAGUCUUUUCAGUUGUUCAGUGUUAAGUAAUAUCUAUAUUCUUAAUCUAAAGAAGUCUGCUUUGGCUAAUUGACUUGUUAACAACUUAGACCUUGUUAGAGAUGGUUGAAGUGCAACUGGUACAGUGCAUUGGUAGUGGCUAUACUGAUGCCAUUGAAAUGCUAGCCUGCAUACAAAUUAGUGCUGUUCUCAUCGCUGUUGGCUGGAAUGCUUUCCUUAGGUAUGUGUCCCACCUUUUUUUUUUUUUUAAAUCUAUCUCCCAGAAGCAAAUCUGUAAGGCUAACGAUUACUGUUUCAGUAAACAAUUUAAACUGCUUAAACAGAGUUUAUAUUACAGUUCCAGAUAAUUUUCCUGCUAGGAUUUUGGAGAGAACUUCAGUGUAGACGAGCCUUGGCAGGCCUUCUGAAAGCAUGUUUGAAACUUUUAGGUAUCUUCUUCAAAUCUUGUAUUGGAAAGUGCACAUUUAAUAGUCAUUAAAUUUGUCCGUAACCAUAUUUUCAAGUAAAAAAGUUGAGAUCUACAAGUUGAGCUGGGGGGCAGUUUGUAGGCUUUUGCUGUGCCUGUGUAAAACUCAACAGUGUCACUUUAUAGAGGGGGAGAAAGAGAGAGAGAUUAAUAGUUUGGGACAUGAGUGCUAGAAGAGACAGACAUAAGGACAAGAAUUUAAAAAAAAUUAAAUAAAUGGAAUGAGGAGGUGGACGCUCAGGAGAAGAUGCAGUGUAACAAGUAGAAAAGGCCUAUCUGUAGAAUGACACAAGGGAAGAGGAAAGCUUAACAUAUAAGAAAUGUGUAAGUGGGUUGAAAUUGGUUACAAUUUGUUGCUGGAUAGAAUUGAAAGAUUUUAUUGGGCAAAAUGUGUCUUUGCAAUGCUUCAUUUACUAGAUGGUGUUUUUUUCUUUUAACAGUUUGAGAAACACAUGACCGUCCAUGCAUGGAAAUUAAAAUCACCAUGCAAUGGUGUGCAUCUGACUUCUUCCCUCACAUUUGCCAAGCAUCUCCUUCUGCAAUUUAACUUCUUGAAAAUCAACUUUACUUGGUCUGUGUAAUAGACUGUCUGUCUCCCAUCCUCAGGUUUGGUGGAUAUGUUUUCCUAUUUGUUUAUCUUUCAUUUUUCAUGCCUGCUAUCUCUUACAAACACGAGUAUCUUUAUCAGAACCUCCCACUUUUUUGCCGACUUUAAACUGCACUUUCAAGAUAACUUCUGGGAAGUACUGUAAUCUGAGGCUUACUUAAUCCAUGCCAGCAUUCCUUUUCUCUUGGCUUUUUUUCCCUCCUACUAGAUAAUGCAAAAAUUAAUAGCUGUUCUAUGAUCAUAAAUUUGUGAGGAUGCAAGAAAGUAUUGGAAAUUGAUCUGUCAUUUAGUUGCUGUGUAAAUCUGAAGGAGCAUGGGCCUAAAAGAAGAGAACAAGGUGACUUUAGCAAAGGUAGUGGAAUAUUACUUCUGAAUAAGGGGAUUGUGUAUCAAGUAUGUUUUAAAGAGGAACACCUUUGAUUUUAAUCUCAUUGUAUCCAACAGAAUUCUGUGUAAGGAAGGAUCUUACGUCAAGUUACUACAUCAUGUUUUAAUUAAUUUCUGAGAAAUUAUAAAAUUUCUCAGGAAAGAUAUCAGGAUAAGGCAGCAAUAAUUUCAGAGGAUAGGAGUUGAAUUUCAAGUUAAUUAAGAUACAUUACAUGGAAAAAAAUAUCAUGUGUUUUGAUAGGGACAAGUGCAAACUACAGCAUGUGAAUAAAAAUGAUCAACUCUACAAAUACACUAUGGCAGCUAGGCCAUAGUCAUAGAGAAGAGGAUCCAAAUGCAAUAGAUCACAACAUAAAUAUUGUCAGACAUGAUAAAGCAUGUGAAGUAAACCUGCUUUGUUUGGUGCUGUUGGGGCCUCAAAUGGAGUGCUGUGCUCAAUUUUGGGCACUGUGUUUUGAGAAAGAUGUGCCGAAACUAGAGAAAAUUCAGAAGAGGGUAUGAAGAAUGAAAGACUGAAAGAAAGGGGUCCAUUUAGUUUACAGAGAGAACAGCUGAGUAGAGAUGCAAGUCCUAAGCUGCAUAAAGGUGUUCUUAAUUAUUAUUACAUGAAGUUGUAAACUCUUCUUUGUCUACUGGGAAUAGGACAAAGAAGUAGUCCAAAAUUAUAGGAAGAAAGAUUUCAGGAUGCUGUUUGAUCUUGCACCUGCCGUUCAUUCUGUAGUUCAUUCACUUAUUUCUCCUCUUCAUUGCUUGUAAUGUGACACUUUUAUAAUUUAAAGUCAGAAACUGGUAUGAUGGAAGCAUCUGAUCAGGGGAAUGGAAUAGGGAGGAAGAGAUUUUUUGUCUGUCAGUUGAUUUUCUGUCAGGUCAGCUUCUUUAAUCUACUCAUCCCUGCCUGAAUCGUCAGUGAAUUCAAUGAAAGGGAAAAUAGCAGGAGCACAUGGUAAGGGGGAGUGGGAUUAUACGUAAGGUCAAAAUGCACCCUCAGGCUAGAUAUUAGGGCAAUCUGCCUAAUGACAAGGAUAAUGAGGAACUGAAAUACGCUGCCUAAGGAGGGUAUGAAAUCUACCUCAGCCCUGAUUUUUUAAGAGCAAACUAGAGAUGUAUCUACUGGGAAUAAUUCUGACAAAGUCUAGCUUUUUGCCUUUGUCCAGGGCCAAAUAAGUGAUCAACUUGAAAUACCAUACAGUCCCACUUUCUGUGAUUCAUACAACCUCUGGAGUAGGUAUGAGCAAUAAGAGUAAUAGUUUUUGUUAUGAUUUAGAAGUGUUGUCCACUUGCCAUAUAGGUUCUUCGGUGACUGGAGCUGGUAUAUGGGGAGACAAAGAGGAGUAGUGGUCUUGAGCUUUGUCUGCAAUCCGCAAGGUUAAUGCUCUUUAAAAUUGCAGUUUUUAAGUCCUGACUGGUAUGAUUUUGAGGUGCUUCUGUUAGUACUCAAGAACUCGUGUGUUUCAUGAGUUAUGCAGACACUGAUUGGAAUAGAUUUACUUUGGUGAGGGUAUGUUCUGGCCCCCUUUGAACUAUUUUAGGCCCAAAAAGAAUAGACUUCUCUUCCUGUCUCUCUUUAGUUUUGAAUGUAGAAACAGGUUUGACCCAUAAUGAGCACUGAGGUACUUGACUAAUUAAAUCUUUUAAAUGUGGUUCCUUUCAGAAAAGUAACUGUAGAAUGGUGUUGUAUAAUUCCUAGCUGGGUCACACAAACUUUUACUUUUCAAAUUGUCAGUCAUACAGUCCUAAACAGAAUCUGCAAAAUAAGAUAAAAGUGAAGCUAUUUCCACUUUGUAGUUGUCAGACUUACUGUUUCUGACACCACAGACUGAAAAAUUACAAAUUCAAGACUUUGCAGGUCUUCAAUUUCUAGAAAAUCCGCAUGUGGAGCCUUGUUGACUAAGGUAUUUUCUUAUGAAGCCAUGGACUUGGAUUUCCCAGAUAUGUAUUAAACCUGUUGCUGUUGGUAUAUGCCCUGUAUCAUGUUAAGAAGGUACUCUUCCCAUACACACUUAUUUCAUUGUUCCUUUGGGGGAGUAUUGUAGAGUUAUCACAAGGUUGUUCAGUGAGUCCAGUGGUUUUUGAAAAGUGUUGAGUGGCUUCUGCUUCCGUUGUCGUAGAAUUGAUGUAUAUGCACAAUAAAUUCACCGUACAUGGAGAACAUUUUAGUUAAUCAGCAUUUGCUGUUCUGUUGUACAGAAUGAAUGCUAUAGACCUGCUAUAGUUUCCUAUAAUUCUCAGACUUGUAACUUAUGUUGCAUUAUGUGCAUGCACUUUUUGUGCAAUGAAUCAUGGUUCCCUUCUACAGAGCGUAAAAGCUCUGCAUGUUCACAUUUUCUUUGCUGUCUCCCUUCAUACCUGUCCAUACAUGUGCAUCUCUCUCCUUUCUCCCUCUUAUUGUAAGAGUCAGGUUUGGGUAGUGAAGAUUGCAUUUGCUGGUUUACACUUUUCCUGGUUUCAGUCACUUAAACCUUGCCUUUUCUUGGCUAUAAUUACCUGCGACUUAACACUUCUUAUUCUCUUGUAUGAGGAUGUAGAGACUGUUGAAGUGCCUUUUUGCCAUAAAUCCUCUGUGGCCCAACACAUUGGGUAACUUUUUCUUCCUGGUGGAACUGGUUGUAAGUCAGAAGUAUUUCUAGAAUAGCUGAACUGUAGUUAGAAGGUAAGAGACUUACAACCCAGUUAACAUUAUAAUUUUAUUAAACUUUUAUGUCUCAGGGAGUAUGAGAGGGUGAAACAGGUGUAGAUGUCCUCAAAGACAAGUAUGUGCAAGACAAUAUGUAGAUGGAGAAGGGACAGAAUUGCAUGAGUAUGGGGAAUAUUUAAAAGCUCCUAAACUGUGGACUGUGCCACCACAAAGGCAAACAUAGUUCUUGGACCGCUAUAGUGUUGAGUACUCAAUAGUGGGACCCUUUGUACCAAAGUCUCAUGGAGAUCUAGGUAACUGGGAAGAGAGAAACAUUUUUAUUCAAUAGGAAGAGUCUUUUCCAAAGUGGAGGCAGAAGAAACAGGCACUAAGGUAUAGGAACUUCCGAAAGAGAAGGUAGUGGCAACUUUUCACGCUGUCAAAGACUUUUCUGCACAGGUUACAAUUUAUCCUUCUCCUACCGUACUGUAUGUGUGCUGGAAACCACACUAAUGUUUGUUUUCUAUGGAUAUCUUCAUUAUUUUUCUUGUAUCUGGGCAGUGGUUGGUGAAAAUGAUUAUGAGUUUGCUGUUAAAGUGGGACACCUAGCUGGCUGUGCUGUCAGGUAGGAGGAUGUGUAAACUUAUUGCAGUGGUUUUGCAAAUUGGUUUGCUAUGGGAACAAUUAACAACAAUAUGUAAUGUUUUGCCCUGAAAUGUGUUUUACAGAAGGCAAUAAAUAAAGUUUGAUAGAAGCAAUGUUGGUGUUCACUAGCCUUAAAUGUUGCUUAAAUUGUUUUCCAGGUAGUGAUAAGAAUAGGAUAUGGCUUUUGGCAGCUUUGGAAAGUAGCCACUUUUAAAUGUGACAGUUACUUCUUGAUUUUAAUUUGACUGAUGUGGUCAUGUAUUUCUGUGUCUCUUUAUUACUUAUUAUGUCCGCAAUCACUAGGAUGCAAAUACAACUGUCUCUCCUAUUUCUAGACAGAAAGAAAUAUAAGCUUCCAUUAGUUUAGUUGACCAUAAAUUACUAUGAGUUUCUGGAUCCAUCAGAUUUAACUCAUUCCCAGUAGUUAUCAAAUGCAUCACAAAUCUUUUUGUCAUGUACUCUUGUUUGCUCUGUGAAGUACAAAAUCAGGAAGAGGAAUACACAAUUAAUCUCAAGGAGCAUGGGAGGAGAUGACCGCCGGGUCUUACUUUGGCAUAUGGAAGAAGCCAUCCAUUCAAGAGUCAAACCAGUUCAACUGAAAGGGGAGCAUCACUCUAAUAUCUUCUGCCUAGCUUUCAACAGUGGCAAUACAAAAGUGUUCUCUGGAGGAAAUGAUGAGCAAGUUAUACUCCAUGAUGUUGAAAGCACUGAAACCUUGGAUGUGUUUGCCCAUGAAGAUGCAGUGUACGGCCUUUCAGUAAGCCCAGUAAAUGACAACAUCUUUGCCAGUUCAUCAGAUGAUGGCCGAGUUCUUAUUUGGGACAUCCGAGAGUCUUCCCAUGGAGAGCCCUUCUGCUUGGCACACUACCCAUCAGCCUUUCACAGUGUAAUGUUUAAUCCAGUAGAACCCAGAUUACUGGCUACCGCCAACUCUAAGGAAGGUGUGGGACUCUGGGAUAUUCGUAAACCUCAGAGUUCACUUCUUCGUUAUGGUGGAAACCUCUCUCUUCAGAGUGCCAUGAGUGUCCGGUUCAACAGUAAUGGGACCCAGCUGCUGGCUCUGCGUCGGCGCCUUCCCCCAGUCCUCUACGACAUCCACUGCCGGCUGCCUGUCUUCCAGUUUGACAACCAAGGCUACUUCAACUCAUGUACUAUGAAGAGCUGCUGUUUUGCAGGUGAUCGUGAUCAGUACAUCCUUUCAGGCUCUGAUGACUUCAAUUUGUAUAUGUGGAGGAUUCCUCCAGAUCCAGAAGCAGGUGGCAUUGGCAGGGUCGUCAAUGGUGCUUUUAUGGUAUUGAAAGGUCAUCGGUCAAUUGUAAACCAAGUCCGGUUUAAUCCUCACACUUACAUGAUCUGUUCUUCUGGUGUUGAAAAGAUUAUAAAGAUCUGGAGUCCCUACAAGCAGCCUGACUGCACGGGGGACCUGGAUGGUAGAAUCGAGGAUGAUUCACGUUGCCUCUACACUCAUGAAGAGUACAUCAGUCUUGUGUUGAACAGUGGUAGUGGUUUGUCCCAUGAUUAUGCCAACCAGUCAGUCCAAGAAGACCCACGGAUGAUGGCCUUCUUUGACUCUCUUGUACGCCGGGAAAUCGAGGGCUGGAGUUCUGAUUCAGACAGCGACCUCAGUGAGAGCACAAUCCUGCAGCUCCAUGCGGGAGUAAGUGAACGCUCCGCUUACAGCGAGUCAGAGUCCUCCACCUCUUUGCAUCACUCCCCACCACAUGUGGCUGAAGAGUCUGAUGAAACUGCCUAUAACUUAAGGGCCUUAAGAUCGACUGCAUCCCCCUCAGCCAGAGAAGACGUAGCUUCCCGUCAGCAGAGGCUAUCUGCACUGAGAAAGUAUCAGGAUAAACGUCUUCUGGCCCUUUCCAAUGAGUCUGACUCUGAUGACAACACCUGUGAGGCAGAACCAGAUACAGACCUUUUCCCACGGCCGCCGUCCCCGAGUCCUGAGAACGAAUCCAGCAGUUCCAGCAGCAGCAGCAGUACAGAAGAUGAAGAGGAACUGAAUGAAAGACGCACAUCUAUGAGGCAACGCAAUGCACUGAGGCGACGCCAGAAGGUGCAAAAGGAGGAAAGGACUAGCACUAACACGGAGAACGUAACCCCCUACAUAGGUGAGGACAUAUAUGAUUACCCCCAGAUCAAAGUAGAUGAUCUUUCUUCUUCUCCAGCUUCUUCACCAGAAAGGAGUUCGGCCAACAAACAAGUUCUCAAAGAAAGGACGUCUCCUUGUUCAGACAGUGAAUCAGUGGAGAGAAAGAUUUACAAAGCUUACAAAUGGCUUCAUUAUUCUUACAUAUCAUAUUCAGCUAGUAAAGAUGGUGAAUCCUCCAGAGGAGAUGGAGAGAAUGAUGAAGGGAAACCAGGAACCAGUGGAAGGCACAGUGCAUCAUGCUCACUAACUAAGGAAGAUUCUAGGAACUUAAGUUCAGUAAUUCCUCAAGAUUCCUCAGCUCUUUCUGCUGAAAGCAGAGAAAAUUCAAAAGAAUGUGGCGUGAUAGAAAAUUCUAGUAAUGGUCAAGCUCAUGAAUGUGACAAUCAGCAACGGAUGGAGAGUCAAGAUAACACGUCUGAAGACACUAGCAGUGGAGGUACAGAGCAUUCUUUUGAGAAUAAAAAGCUCAAUGGAAAAGCUAACUGCAAAGGGCUAAAUAGUUGUACCGAAGAACCUUGCAUUCAGACUGCAGGACUUGUGGAACAGAAAAAUAGUCAGAAUUGUCAACCAGCAUCAAGCCAUCACUCACUGGUCCCUCCAUUCUCCACUGUCACGAUCUGUAGCGUGUCAGGUCACUGCUCCAGAAACCAGACUGAUGACAGUGAGGAGAGGAGCCUCGACCCCUCCUGUGUUAACUACAAUAAUGGCCACUUGCAUCUUCACCCUUCGUGUUUCAACAACGGACAGAGUUUUGGAGAGCAGGAGACUGUGACGCAAGGAUUACAGGUGCACUCAAAUGCUGAUAAUGGCAACCUUGUACAGGUGGGUGUGACCUUGCACAAAGACUGCUGCCUGUCUGAAAUGGACUCCAACAGCUACAAUGUGAGCACAAGAGAGGAUACUGCUGACUUGCAUCCUGCGGGCAGUGAGAGCACUCAAUCUCUUGGAGGACUGAAAAGACACAGAGUGGAGUUGGAAGAUGCAGAUUCAGAGAGUUCUUCCUUAGAAAAGAAGUUAAAAACAUGAUAAAUGCGAAUGUCUGUCGUAGUGUGCACUCUCUCAAAAAGAGAAGGAAAAUGCAAGUAUUAAAGGCACAUAGAGCUUGGGUCUGAAACAUUGUGUUUGAUUCUCCAUUCCAUUCUUCAAGUGGGUCUGUUUUAGAUUGCCAGUGGUUCAUGCUGUGUAAAAAUCCAACUUGCUCCUUAAUGAGACUGAGUCUAGUGUACCAUACAAGGUUCUGUUUAAAGUAAAUCCUUAUUAAGAUGGUUGACUGAAUUAUUCUUGUGUGAACAUGUGUCAUUUGUUCAGCCAGCCAACCAGGAUGACUGCUCUAAGGUUUAAUCUAAGGAGGAAGUUUUCCGUAUUGACACUUACUACACAUGGCAGGCUGAAGAAUGGUGGAAUUAGAUCACACUGGUGGUAGCUUGGGAGUGUGUUUCUUUUUGAGGAAAACAGGGAAGAAGCCUUUCUGGGCCCUUUAUUCUGCUUCAGAAACUAAAGAAAUGCAACCAUUAGGAAGGAUAUUUUCAGAACUGGCUGGUAUCUUUAAAGAUGAUACUUCAUAAAGCACUUGCUUCUGAUACAGGUCAGUGACAUUAUUUUUAUGCCAACAGAAAAGCUAUAGGAAAUGAGCCUCUUUCCAAAAUAAAGUUUAGACUGUUCCCAUGGUGA